ACCCACAAAAUCAUUAGGACCGAGCGCAGUGACGGCAGUGUGCUAUUUGCCGCAAAAACCGUGUCGCCUCGGUCGCCGGAGAUCCCGCAAGAUCGCACACAAUGAGAUUAGACGUCGCUCUCGCGGCUGGCCUAGUCGUCGCAUUGAUGAGCUACACUCUGCAGGUAGAGGCGGGAGGUAAACUUUCCUUUGUACGGCUGUCGGUUCUCGACACAUCUACAAUACCUCCCGGAGACGACACGUUCAGUAACGAGAUAUCAACUGACGGAAAAUUCAGAUUCGGAAGCAACUCUGUUGAAAGUGUCUAUGUGUCCACCAACGGCUACAUAUCCAUGGGCCUCACACCAACUGCCAAUGCGCAGAACGUCGAAGGAGCCCUCUCUGUAGUGGCUCCAUACGGUGCCGAUAUUGACACUCGUGUAGGAGGCACUGUCUCGUACACACGAUUCCAUGCCCCACAAGAGUUGAGGGUGGUGAGCGAGUUUGUCGAGGCUCAGAUGGACGUGGAUUUCCUUGGGACCAAAAUGAUGGUAGCACUCUGGGACAAUGUUGCUCAGUACAAAGGGAGAGCUUCUGUGAACAGCACCUUCCAAGCAGUUCUGAUCACCGACCGCUAUGACUCCUAUGCCGUGUUCAUCUACCAGUGUGGAGGGAUGGGGUGGGGUGGAGCCGAGAUUGGCUGGCAGGCCAGCAGACAAGACGUUGACGAGCACCAGCUGAGUGGCAGAGAGUCUGCCCAAAUCGGCUGCGAGUACUCUACAAACUCCAGUUCCACCGUGUUCCGUUUGGAAAGUUGCGCCAAGAAAGAGUUCAGAUGUGACGGUGGACGAUGUCUCAGCAAAUCCAAGCAGUGCGACGGGAGAACCGAGUGCAGUGACAAAUCAGAUGAACAAGACUGCUAGAAAAAAGAUGUGGAGCUCUGGACAGCUGUUUUGGGCUUGUUGGCCCUCAUCAGCAGAGCAUACAGCAACUUCUCUCUCUGGCAUCACGAGUUUAUAAAGGCUACCAGGAGCGCAGCAUUUGUACUAGCUUCAUCCUCUAACCCUCCCUUCUCUGCAUGCGUUGUUGAAUUGUUACCUUUACCUUUGCCUGGAAAUAUCAUUGAUGUUAUGUAACUGUACAUACUGGACCUGAUGGUUCGACUUACCACAUCUCAACACCAUAUUUCAGCCUGCAGAGUGUUGCACUAAUGAAGCUAACCUAACAUUUAUUUUAGUACCCAGCAAUCAUUAUAAACCCUUUAGCUACUAACAGAGUGACACUUUGAUAAUGUGCCUUAUGUUCCCUAUACUCC